AUGUGGACUAGCAAUCAAACCCUAGGCUACAUCGUUGUUACAUGUCAUUUCGUUGAUGCUAAUUGGAAACUACAGAAAAGGAUAAUCAAGUUUCUAGAUGUGAAGACACUGCACACUGGAAUUGAGUUAUUCAACCAGAUCCUCAACUGUGUUCAAGAUUGGUCAAUUGAAGACAAGCUGUUUGGGAUCACACUUGAUAAUGCUGUAGCAAACAAUACAAUGGCUGCCUUGUUGAAGAAAAAUCUUGUGGAUAAGAAAUAUAUACCAGCAGAUGGAGAUUUGCUUCACCAUCGGUGUGCUGGACAUGUCUUCAAUCUCAUUGUUAAGGAUGGGCUUACGUUUGUGGAACCAAUUGUUGAGGACAUUCGUGAGAGUAUCAAGUACAUUCGCUCUUCACAGUCUAGAAAACAAAUGUUCAAGGAAAUAGUUGCACGAUUAGGCAUUACAUCUAAGAAGAAGCCGGGCCUUGACGUGACCACACAUUGGAACUCAACGCUGUCAAUGCUUGAAGCAGCCAUUAAGUUUGGGGCAGCAUUUGACACACUAAAAUCAGAGGACCAAAAAUACACUUAUGCACCCUCUGCUGAACAAUGGACAAGAGCUGAAGUACUUUGUAAGGUGCUGGCAGUCUUCAAAGAUGCAACUGAAGUCAUCUCAGGCAUAGAAUACCCUACCUCAAACCUCUAUUUCCAUCACAUGUGGAAGAUCAAGCUAACUUUGGAACAAGAGUCAAACAUAGAAGUUGCUGAAAUUGCCAAUGUAUUGGAAGGGAUGAAGAAGAAAUUCAAGAAGUAUUGGAGAAUAUCAUAUAUACUGCUAGCUGUCCCUGUGGUUUUUGACCCAAGGUUUAAGCUUAAGUUUCUUGAAUUUCUUUUUACCAAGUCCUAUCCUAACACUGGCAAGCAAAAGAUUGAUGAAGUGAAAAAACUUGUGCUUGGGUUAUUUUCAUCAUAUUCAACUCAGCAAGCAGAGCAGCAAGUAAAGCAAGCUGAAAAUGCUGAAAAGAGUUUAGUAGGGGAAGAUGUAUGGGCUGCAUGGGAUCAGCAACUUCUCAAUGACCGUGAAACUCAUAUGGCCACAGAGCUUGAUAGAUAUUUGGAGGAGAGUCCAAUCCCACGGUUAGAAGAAUUCGAUAUAUUGAAGUGGUGGAUGGGCAACUCAUUGAAGUAUCCAACUCUUGCUCGCAUAGCGCGGGAUUUGCUAGCUGUUGCAGCUUCCGCUGUAGCAUCUGAGUCAGCUUUUAGCACAGGAAAAAAAAUUAUCAGUGACCAUCGCAGCAGCUUAGCCCCCGAGAUGGUUGAAGCACUAAUAUGCACUCAGGAUUGGUACCGGGCAGCAGCAGGUACCUUAAUUUCUAACACGCUGACUUAUUUCAGAUACCUCAAGAGUGAAGAUGAAGGCUAG